AUGACCCCCGGCCAACCCAGCCGUUCAUCUUCCGAGGUCGGUGAACGGGGAGACAACCUGCAGUUUCACAACACACCCAGACCUGAGUACGUUGUAGAUCCAGCAUUCCUUCCUGAUGGAGCACCUGCAGUCAGCCACGCUGAGCACCAGCAGCAAGCAUAUGAGAGAUACGCACAACUGUUAAAAAACCUGAAAAAUGCGUAUGUGAUGAUGGUCAGUACGAGUGCAACAAUCGAAACUAUUCUCAUCAGCCUUGCUAUCAAGUUCAACUCUCGAAUGUAUGGAAAGUUCUGGGCGAGCCCGAUGAAUCCUGUUCGAUGGCAGGAGCAGGUAACAAAAACGUCCGAGAAAUCAACAUCGCAAUCGAACUGCCACAAAGUGGAAUUGAACAAGUUCGGACUGACAACGGCUGUCCUGUCCUCAGUGCUGCCUCGAAGAUUGAAUGGAUAG